GCGCGCUCCCGCCGCCAGCGUGCGCGCUCCGGAAACAGGCGGUGACGCGACGCUGGUGGGGGCUGUUUGGGGGUGCGGCUCCGGGAAGCCGGCCGGCCGUUGCUGCUGUCUCGCCGCGGUGGCCGUGAUGUUGCCCGCUGGCGAUCCCCCGCUCCCGGGAGCCCCGGCCGGCCAAGCAGGAGGGCUCUAACUCCAUGAGGACCCCAGCAUUAUUUCUGUAAUUGUUUGUGAGAAGGACUGACUCCCAGAGCAUUGCCUUGUCGCUGACCUUUCAGUAUGGGGAGGAUUGGCAUCUCCUGUCUUUUUCCUGCUUCUUGGCAUUUUAGCAUAUCUCCAGUGGGGUGUCCUCGAAUUCUGAACACCAAUUUACGCCAAAUAAUUGUCAUUAGUGUCCUGGCCGCUGCUGUUUCACUUUUAUAUUUUUCUGUUGUCAUAAUUCGAAAUAAAUAUGGGCGACUAACCAGAGACAAGAAAUUUCAAAGGUACCUGGCACGAGUUACCGACGUUGAAGCUACAGACACCAAUAACCCCAAUGUGAACUAUGGGAUCGUGGUGGACUGUGGGAGCAGCGGGUCUCGAAUAUUUGUCUAUUGCUGGCCAAGGCAUAAUGGCAAUCCACGUGAUCUGUUGGAUAUCAGGCAAAUGAGGGAUAAAAACCGAAAGCCAGUGGUCAUGAAGAUAAAACCUGGCAUUUCAGAAUUUGCUACCUCUCCAGAGAAAGUCAGUGAUUACAUUUCUCCACUAUUGAACUUUGCUGCAGAGCACGUACCACGGGCAAAACACAAAGAGACUCCCCUCUACAUUCUCUGCACGGCUGGAAUGAGAAUCCUCCCGGAAAGCCAGCAGAAAGCCAUUUUGGAAGACCUUCUGACCGAUAUCCCUGUGCACUUUGACUUUCUGUUUUCUGACUCUCAUGCAGAAGUCAUUUCUGGGAAACAAGAAGGUGUGUAUGCUUGGAUUGGCAUUAAUUUUGUCCUUGGACGGUUUGAGCAUAUUGAAGAUGAUGAUGAGGCAGUUGUGGAAGUUAACAUUCCUGGAAGUGAAAGCAGCGAAGCCAUUGUCCGUAAAAGGACAGCGGGCAUUCUCGACAUGGGUGGCGUGUCGACUCAGAUAGCGUACGAAGUCCCCAAAACUGUAAGCUUUGCGUCCUCACAGCAGGAGGAAGUAGCUAAAAACUUGUUAGCUGAAUUUAACUUGGGAUGUGAUGUUCACCAGACUGAGCAUGUUUAUCGAGUCUAUGUGGCCACGUUUCUUGGGUUUGGUGGCAAUGCUGCUCGACAGAGGUACGAAGACAGAAUAUUUGCCAACACCAUUCAAAAGAACAGGCUCCUGGGUAAACAGACUGGUCUGACUCCUGAUAUGCCGUACCUGGACCCCUGCCUACCCUUAGACAUUAAAGAUGAAAUCCAGCAAAAUGGACAAACCUUUUAUCUACGAGGGACUGGAGACUUUGACCUGUGUCGAGAGACUAUCCAGCCUUUCAUGAAUAAAACAAACGAGACCCAGACUUCCCUCAAUGGGAUCUACCAGCCUCCAAUUCACUUCCCGAACAGUGAAUUCUAUGGCUUUUCUGAAUUCUACUACUGCACCGAGGAUGUGUUACGCAUGGGCGGAGACUACAAUGCUGCUAAGUUCACUAAAGCUGCAAAGGAUUAUUGUGCAACAAAGUGGUCCAUUUUGCGAGAACGCUUUGACCGAGGACUGUAUGCCUCUCAUGCUGACCUCCACAGGCUUAAGUAUCAGUGCUUCAAGUCUGCAUGGAUGUUUGAGGUGUUUCAUCGGGGCUUUUCGUUUCCUGUCAACUAUAAAAACCUAAAGACUGCCUUGCAAGUUUAUGACAGGGAGGUUCAGUGGACCCUUGGAGCCAUCCUCUACAGGACCCGUUUUCUACCAUUAAGAGACAUCCAGCAGGAGGCCUUCCGGGCCAGUCACACCCACUGGCGGGGCGUCUCCUUUGUCUACAACCACUACCUGUUCUCUGGCUGCUUCCUGGUGGUGCUGCUGGCCAUCCUGCUGUACCUGCUGCGGCUGAGGCGCAUCCACCGGCGCACUCUCCGGAGCAGCUCGGCCGCCACCCUCUGGAUGGAGGAGGGUCUUCCCGCCCAGAACCCGGCCGGGACCUUGUGAUCCGGCUCACAGCUCCACGAAGACACGAAAGGAAAAGCCAUUUUUGCCUCAGGGUUUCUCCUCUUUCUUUUCCUCUGGUUUUGUUUUUUCUUUCCCUUUUUUGUUCCUCUAAAGAAAAACAAAAUCCAUUGUUUGUAAGCCCUGCUGACUAGAAGUACUGUGUUUGGCCACUUUAGGUAAAGCUUUAAAUUGAGGAGUGGGGAAGAGGGAAAUUCACUUGAUUUUUGCUGCAUAGGAUAUCUGCCAAAAAUAAAUGAGAUUUCUGGGGUUU